GGACCGCGCCCGCCCCGCGCCCCGCCUCGCCGCUGCUGGCCGGCGCCCCGCUGGCCGCCCGGCAGCGCCGUGCAUGUGCGGCAACAACAUGUCGGCGCCGCUGCCCGCCAUCGUCCCGGCCGCCAGGAAGGCGACGGCCGCCGUGAUUUUUCUUCACGGACUGGGGGAUACCGGGCAUGGGUGGUCAGAAGCACUUGCAGGUAUCAAAAGCCCCCAUGUAAAAUACAUUUGCCCACAUGCGCCAGUUAUGCCAGUUUCUUUAAACAUGAACAUGGCUAUGCCAUCGUGGUUUGAUAUCAUUGGACUUUCUCCAGAUUCACAAGAAGAUGAAGCUGGGAUCAAGCAGGCAGCAGAGAAUGUUAAAGCACUGAUAGAUCAAGAAGUAAAAAAUGGGAUUCCUUCUAAUCGAAUUAUUCUGGGAGGCUUUUCUCAGGGAGGUGCUUUAUCAUUGUACACAGCUCUUACAACACAACAAAAAUUAGCAGGUGUCGUAGCCCUCAGCUGUUGGCUUCCUCUACGAACUUCCUUUGUUCAGGGUGCUAUCAGUGGUGUCAACAAGGAGAUUCCUGUACUUCAGUGCCAUGGGGACUGUGACCCACUUGUUCCUUUAAUGUUUGGUUCUCUUACUGUUGAGAAGCUAAAGAGUAUGAUAAAUCCAGCCAAUGUAACCUUCAGGACUUACUCUGGCAUGAUGCAUAGCUCAUGUAUUGAGGAGAUGAUGGAUGUAAAACAGUUCAUAGACAAACAUCUACCUCCCGUAGACUGAAAUGAUACGUGAGAAGCCUUCUACAUAAAAUACACCAGCAUCAACUGUGGUAGAGCGUUAAUCUUUUCACAUGCCUGAUUUGAAGCAUUACUUCUGUACCUACAGUGUUACUACUGUGUUGCAAAUUUAUACUUAGGACAAGGAUUAAAUAAUUCACACGUGUGAGAAUUGAUAAUCUUUUUAGUAUUGAUCAUCCACUGAUGAAAUUGUAAGAAUGAGGCAGCUUGGUAACAACGACAGAAUGUAAACUGAGCAUACUAUUUUAAGACAUGUCUGACUUCCGAUUGAAAAAUUUUGAACUGUUUGUACAAGUAAUUAAAGAUGAAAUUUAAGUGAACAACAUAAACGUGACCAGUUUAGUAUGUUUGAGACAUGUUUGUUCUUAAUACUCUUUGAAAAUAAAUUAAAACAUUUUCUUUAUGUAAUGGAUGCAUAAAGUACACAACAAAUGUUGUAUGAAAGUAUGUAACAGUGGGCAUAUGGUGGUAGAAUAAAUGUUACUGAGGACAAAGCUUUAAAUGUUAAGCAUGAAUUCUUACUCCAGAUAGAAGGGUUGUUCUCCUAGAAAGACUGUUAGUCAGUAGAGGCAUAUCCUGUAUUUAAAACACCACAAUUUUUAACUUUACAUACAAGUAUAUACUGAUAAUUAUAUCAUUACAAAGGGACUCAGUACUUGUUCCACCAUCAUUCAUUGCUGUCUUGUUGCCAGUUGUUUUAGAUUACUAUAAAAUUACAUCAAAUACUGACUUGGAACAGAAUUCUGAAGAAGUACAUAAGGUUAAUAUGAGUUUCAUUUAAAAAUUCACAUUUUCAUAUUGAAUAUGCAUCUUAUGCUUUAAUCAUUGUAGCUUUCAUUUAUGUAGAAAUGUACGUGAUGUAUUUUACAUGAGCGAUUCCAGUAUACAGUUCUGAUUCUUCUGUCUGCUUUGGAGUAACUAAAUGAAAACAAUGCAGCCACGUAGUUUUUAGUUUUGUAUAUUGUUGAAAUCUCAUUUGUAACAUAGACAUUGACUAGUUUAGAUUCUCUUUUGUGGAACUACAAGUGGAGUUGGGAUAAGUAUAAAUUGUUAUUGUCUGAUA